CCGAAUUAGUCGCAACUCGCAAGUCGCAACAGUCGCCAGCACGCGGCUGACUAUACCUUAGUAGUUACUUGUAAUUUCGCUCGCGUGGUCGUGCGAUGUAAAAAUGUCGUGACGUUUUUUUUCUCAAUGUCGUAAGUGAAAAAGUGUCGUAAUUUGUGGAGUUCUUUUUUCAAAAUGUGUUUAAAAGAGUCGAACAUGGAGAAGUUCGAGUAUGUUAAGCCAAAUUACAUGCUGAUGUCCUUGCAAAGGAUAUUCGUUUUGUCUGUGAUAAUGGCCAGUGUGAUUGUUGUUGUUUACUUCACGCCGAUGCCAGAGGACCACUUCGAAACCUGUGAUCGUGAGUGCCAUGAACUAGACUGGCCGAUGAUAUGCAGAGUCAAAUUAGUUAUAGAAGUCUACAAAACAUAUAGCAAAUCGUGUAAUAGCUGCACGGAGAAUGAUUGUCCACCGAUGUGCAUAACAGCGGAUGGAAGAGUCAGAGGUGUGCUCUCAGCGAACAGAGAGUUGCCAGCUCCGGCAUUCCACGUUUGCCAGAACGACAUACUAGUUGUAGAUGUGGUGCACAGAGCACCAGCACAUGCCCUCAGCAUACACUGGCGGGGACAGCCGCAGAAGGAGACACCCUUCAUGGAUGGUACGCCGAUGCUGACCCAGUGCCCCCAGCCGGCCUACACCACGUUCCAGUACAAAUUCCGCGCCUCGGAAGCCGGCACCCACAUGUACCACGCAUACUCAGCGGCGGACGCGGCCGACGGCCUUGCCGGAGCGUUCAUAGUCCGACAGUCCCCGAAGCAGGAUCCUCUGAGGAGUCUCUUCGAUGUGGACGCGACUGAACACGCGAUCUACAUUGCCGAGUGGGGGCUGUCCAUGGGGCCGCUCUCGGGGGUGAUCACAGAAAUCCCUAAUGCGGAAUCCCUUCUCAUAAACGGCAAGGGCAACACGACCGACUCCCCGAACGCCCCGGUCGCGAAAUUCCACGUUGAAAUCGGAAAACGGUACCGAUUCCGCCUGGCGUACGGCGGCGGAUACAAGAGCUGCCCGGUGACGUUCAGCAUACAGGAUCACUCGCUGCUGCUGGUCGCAUUGGACGGCCAAAGACUGAAGCCGGAAACGGUGCAUGCGAUAACUUUGGGUCGCGGCGAGCGCGCAGACUUCAUCAUCAACACGAGUAAGCCGUUGGGAGUGUAUAAAAUAAAAGUGAUAGCGGAUAGGUCGUGCCAGGGGAAUCUCGAGGGGGUCGCGGAGUUGGUGUACAGUAAUCGCGAGCAUAGAGCGUUGCAUAAGCACGAGGAAGUGGACGUUGGGGAAGUGAGACGUGAGUUCAGCACGGUGUUUAGUGACAAGUGCGGGGAGGAGGGAGUGGUGUGCUUGACCGAGGCGCAUAACGCGGAGCCGCUGCCGGCGGACCUGGCGAGAGUGGACGAGAUCAUCCAUGUGCCGUUCAACUACUCCACGCGAAAGAUUUCCGCGAGACGCGUCGAGAGUUGGGGUCAGACGGACGGUCACAGAUUCAGUUACCCGGCCUCCCCCCUACUCACGCAGGGGGCUGACGUCCCCCCUGACGACUUCUGUCCCGUCGCUGAGGAUGGAGAGGAGUGUGUCCACGUCAAAAACGUUCGCCUACAUUCCACGGUGGAGCUUAUUAUGUUUGAUCAAGGCGGCGAAUCGGACCACAUCUUUCACCUACACGGAUACAGCUUCUACGUAGUCGCCAUAACUCAAUUCAACAGAAGCCUAACCAAAGAAGAAAUCACAAAACUGAACGCGGAAAACAAGUUAUUCCCAAGCAAAAAUACGGCUGACCCGGUGCGCAAAGACACCAUAGUUAUUCCCAAAUUCGGUGUAGUUUCCCUACGAUUUAAGGCGGAUAAUCCCGGCUACUGGAUAAUGAGGGACGAGAGAUCCUCUCACUGGACGAGGGGAUUAGACUUCGUGUUCAAGGUGGGGGAGGAGCGGGACUUCGUGCGAGCCCCCCCUGACUUCCCGAAGUGUGGGUCCUACGUCGGCCCGGAAUACUUCCUCAUUUAGACUGAUACUGCUCAAUAUUUAUUCUGUUGUUUGUUUUUAUUUAGGAAUCUAUAAUUAUGUU